AUGUGCUGCAGUCCGCACAUCAUUCCAGGUGAUGUGCCGUGGCUAGCCUCGGAGGCGCCUCUGAAGCGGACUGAAUGCGCUGUUGUCCUCACACCAUUCGAGGUGAUGUGCCUUGGCAAGCCUCGGAGGCGCCACUGGAGCAGAGUGAGAGUACUGUUGGCCGCACCUCAUUCGAACCGAUUUGCCGCAGCGAGUCUCUGUGGCGCCCCUGAAGCGAACCGAACGUGUUGUUGUCCGCACACCAUUCCAGGUGAUUUGACGUGGCGAGCCUCCGAGGCUCCUCUGAGUUGGACUGAAAGUGGAGGAAGAUUCUUUGGUUGUGGAGACGAUCUCGUAGGAGUGCCCAGUAGUAUGGAAUAA